AUGGCAAAACAGCGUCCUUGUGUUGGAUACAUUUCUGAAGAGGAGUACGAGUGCGACUCGUACAUGAGUUACGAGUCUCCGUGUACUCGGGAUUCGCCAGAUUGUCCAAGAGAGACAAACCAAGAACUCUUAGAUGAGCCUAUCGAAGAACCUACCGAGGAACCUGUCGAGGAACCUGUAGAGAAAACCAUUCUGGAACUGAUUUCAGAGAAAACCGGUUUGAACCGAUACACCGAAUCCCACCUUGCCUACACACCAAUCCGAAGUGAGGUCGUUUAUGACCUUCUAAGCAGAUCUCUACGCCUCGCCCAAGAGAUAUUUUAUGACGGGUGUAGGAUAUACUUCCCCGACAUCUAUUAUCGGGAAUAUGACGGUCCGCACGAGGUGCGAUUUGGCUGGAAAGAGAUGCAAGACAGCUUUUUCAGGGGGGAUUUUACCGAUAGGAUCAUUGCCGGAAAGCGAUACCAAAGAAGUGCACUUGAAUACUACAUAAACAACAUGACUUGGAUACGCAAUCAGGUAUGCCACUUCCAAAGUUGCACGAGUGUCUGUCAGGUCGAUACGUUGGACAAGGCAAUACGAGAUGUUCAAGAGUUGGCUGCAGUGUUUGGGGACGAGGCUAAGGCGUUACAGGCGCGAGCCUUACGAGACGAACUACACCAGGGGGCAAAGAGAGAAUUGUCAGAGUUGGAGACCAUGUGGCUGCUUGCGGAGCUCCCCGGCGCGCGACCUUGGCAACGUUACCAGUUGCAUUCCUUGUGGAAGGUCCCUGAUUCUCAUCCAAAAGGCGAAGUGAUCACUCGCAUAUGUCAAGAAUUGAAGGAGAAACAUCGGUCAAUCGACAGGCCAUACUGGCCAUCGGCGUAUCUUGAAGCAUACAGAGACAUUUUAGAUAGCUGGACCGAACAUUUAUAA